UUCGCAGCAGAUGACCACUUGGGGGAUGGAGGCUUUAUGGUGGUGAGCGUUUCCUCAGACAGCAUCAGAGCACACUGCACACUUUAAUUUGCUCUAUAGAAGAUGCUGCUAAGUGGUGAUGGUGUCGCGCGCUUGAUGUGUACAGCACUUUUCUCUCCACUCUUCAGAGCAUCAAGUGGAUUAUGGACGAGCCGAUCUUCAGCGUGAGAGAGGAGAGGGGAGGCUGCACCUGAACAACAGAAAGCGAAUGCCGCAUCAGUCUCUCCCGCGCAGUGGGAAUGGAUACCGGCAAUUUCCUGGCGGGGAUUUGCUUUUUCUUGCUGUCGCUAAAUGGGUUCAACUCUUCCUCACCGGAGACCAACUUUUGUCCCGACCGCUGUGACUGUCAGCACCCGCAGCACCUCAUGUGCACCAACCGCGGGUUGCGCAUUGUGCCCAAACCCGCCACGCGGGGGCCCGAGGAGGUGCUGAUCUUCAGCCUGGGGGGUAACUUCAUUAGUAACAUCUCUGCCUUCGACUUCACACGGUAUAGUAACCUCGUACGGUUGAAUUUACAGUACAAUCAAAUACAAACUGUUCACCCAAAAGCAUUUGAGAAACUCUCCAAGUUGGAAGAGCUGUACUUGGGACAUAAUAUUUUAUCAAAUAUACCCACUGGGACUUUACAAUCCCUGAAGAAAUUAUCUAUUCUCUGUGGAAAUAAUAAUGGCAUUAAGGAAAUCACACCGGAGCUCUUUGCCAAUUUGGAUAAUCUUGUUAAAUUGCGUCUAGAUGGCAACUCAAUAGAAGAUCUGCAGGACUCUGUUUUUAAAAGUUUGACCAGCCUACAUUAUCUCCAUCUGGAAUCCAACAAACUGCAGAAUAUUCACAGAAACGCUUUCUCUAAACUCACCAACCUGCGCUUUCUAAACCUGGCCCACAACAAGCAGUCGGCCGUGCGCAAUACCCUCACAUUCUCCCAACUCAAAGCCCUGACAACCCUGCUGCUGUCUGAAAAUGAAAUCCAGUAUGUUGGAAACCAUGUCUUCCAAAAUCUGAAAAAGCUGUCCAAACUGUCCCUCAGCAACAACAGAAUCUCCCGCCUGGACAGCGGGGCUCUGAAAGGGCUGUCGAGCCUCCGAGAGCUUCUGAUUGAUGGCAACGAGCUGGAGGAAAUCCCAGCUGGUCUUCUGGACUCUCUGGAGCGCAUCGAGGAGCUUGACUUCAGUCGCAACCAGAUUUCCAGCGUGGACUCUUUGGCUUUUUCGCAACUUAACCAUCUGAGGGUGCUGAAGCUGAAGAACAACAUGCUCACCAGCCUGUCCGGAGACAUCUUUGCCCUCAACAACGUGCUCUACAACCUGGAUCUCCAUGGCAACAACUGGACAUGCGACUGUCGCCUGGAGGACCUCAAAAGAUGGAUGACUUCUGCGCAUUCUCAGGGUAAAUUAUUGACUGUUUUUGUGCAGUGUCAUCACCCAGCAACUCUGAGGGGGAAAUAUCUGGACUAUGUGAACAGCUCCCAGCUGCAGCCCCUCGGGAACUGGACCCACUUGUGUAGGAGCCAAGCUGAGCCUGAGGAGAGCCGGGGAGGGGGUGUGUUGGUAAAGGUGGAGGGGCAAGAGAUAGGAACAUCUGAUGCAGCAAAGCAGGAAGAGAGAGGUGAAGAAGACCAGGUGGAGGAGUCGGAAGGUGUAGAUGUAAGACAAGGGAACGGGGAUGGAGUCGUAAUGAGGAAAGAGAGAGAGAAGAGGAAGAGAGAAGGACAGGAGGAGGAGGUGGGAAUCCAGGGAGACCAAGAGGGUGAAGAGGAGGCAGAACCCUCUUCUUCAUCGGAAAGAAAGAAACCAAAGAAAGAGCCACUCAGCCCAAGGUCACGACCUGCUGCAGAUGCUACUGGGAAACGUGGCAAAGGUAGAAGAAGGUCAAAUGUAAUGUCCAGAACCGAUCCGCCAGCUAUUUCCACAACAAGUCAUGCUGGAAACUACGACAGUAACUCCACUGAACCAAACUCAGGACUCACCACUGCUUCUCCGGUCCAGUCAGAAGAAAAGUUUGACCUUCUGAGGUCAGAUCAGGACUUGGCUCUACCUGUAAUCACAGAUCCGUGUGUGUUCAACCGCCAUUACAUCACUAAUGUUUCAGUGGACGAAGUGACAUCUAGUACUGUCAACAUCUACUGGACCACCAGGGAUCAUCACCGCUACUCACCAGGACCUGGACCAGGCUUAGAUGAAGUCCACUACCGGAUUCUGUUUGACCGCUUUGGCACUCCGGAUCGCUUCCCCCGCUACGUUUACGCUCGUGGCACAGCUCGCUCCGUAACCCUUCGAGAGCUCAGCUCUGAUGUGACCUACAUGGUGUGUGUGGAGGGAGUGGUCCGAGGAUCUGUGUGUCAAGUUGCCCCCCGUGACCACUGCACAGGGCUGGUCACUCUCCCUGCGGGGUUCAGCCGUGGAGGCAUGCUGACCUCGGACCUCGAGCUGGUGACGGUGGCCACGCUGGCCGGGAACGCCGUGCUGUUGCUCGUUAUCGGCGGGGUCUGGCUGGGCCGAAGCCUGAAGAGGAGGCUGCAGAGGAGGAAGACGGCGGUGCACGUGCGGCACAUGUACUCCACCCGGCGACCUUUUCGUCCCGCAGUGGCGGCAACUUCAGUGUCCGCCGACUUCACCACCUACCAGAGCAACCGUCCCGCACGACUUGCACCACUAGAGGAAGGGGACCUCAUCGAGUUCCCUUGUGACCGCUUUCUGGACAGCAACAGUGUUCGCAGAGACAGCGACAUGCAGAGAUUCUCUGACUAGAGCCAUAAGAUCUGUGUUGACACUUUACAACAGAAAGACACGAGAAUUGUGCCACAAUCUUUGGUCUCGUCCCCUCUGUCGACACACCACCAUAUUAAAAACAUGGGUGUGUUUGUGGCGACGAACAGACAAGUUAACGAUCCCACCAUUUUGUGUCUUUGGUUUUUCAUUUGACCACAAGAACACAUUUAAAGGGACAAUAGAACAGCUGAGCUCAUCAGUGCCUUUUCAGACACCAGAGGAAGUCCAAUCCCUUUGACUUCCUUUUCCUGCUUUGUGCGUUUCCUCUUUCAUUUCCUUGCACCUGCAAGUGUUUCUAAAUGUACGACUUGGUGAAUUGUUGUGUGUAGGCACCAAUAAAUGCUCACUGAUUUCAACUAAGGUGCUAACGUUGAGUUGAUAGACAUCAUAUUGUCUCAUAUUUGUACAGUAUGUUAUGAUAGCUGCUGGUUGGCAGGGGAAAAAAACACUUGUUUUUGUAUCACAUCUAUCAUGUUUUAUACUUUUAUAUAUAAUUCUGCAUUACACAAAGAAGUAAAGUCCCCAACAAUGUGAUUGAUCUGUCAUUUGUGGAUGAUUUGAGUCUUUACUAACAUUUUUCUUUUUUUACGUAAACCACAAAGGGAUUAUCUUUCUAGAG